CUCUCCCCUCCAGCCGAUGAGUCGCGCCCCAGCCUCACAACUCCCGCCGUCACGCCACCUCGGCAGCCACCUCCUUCCCCAGCGCGCCCCCACCCGGCCACUCCCCCAGGGCGCCAUCGACCGGCCCCUCCCCUAGGGCACCGCCGACCGGCCCCUCCCCGAGCGGGCCGCCGGCUGCGCCAUCUACCCCAGCGCGCCGCCGCCGGCCACCUCUCCCAGUGCGCCACCACUGGCCCCCUCUACCAGUGCGUCAUCGAGCGACCCCUAGACGGUGCAACUCCGGCUGCACCAUGUCUUCGAGAUGCUCCAUCAGCUCCUCCUCCUCCCUCCAGCACGCCGCCCUGCCCCACGAUGGCUCCUCACCUCCACCACGGGAUCCUGGCCCGGCAGGCUCCCCGGAGCGUGUCUCGCCAGGCCGCCUCCUGGCAGGAUCUGCUGCCUCGGUUUCAUCAAUCGUCGUUCGCCUCUCCACCAUGUCUCCUCUCCCAACCCCUAUCCAGUUACAGCAACCUCCGCCAGGUGUGCGUCGGUCUCGCCGUGCCAUGUGGAAAAUGUGAGAGCCUGAUCCUGCUUGCUGCAUGCUCACCGCGACCACAAGAAUUGUUGAACUGCGAACGCUGCGCCAGAUUGAUGCCUUCGUCUAUGCUUGUAUCUGUUCAAUGGAUUCCAAAAAAGAAAAAACUGCGGCUGGGAGACGAGUCAGCUUCCUGUACUGUUGUGCCACGAGCAGUGAACGACCCCGACCACUGGUACCACUGCUUCCCAACCUCCCGCUUGCCAUGUUGCCCAUCCCUUCGACCUCACCACUGCCGUCUAUCUGCCCACUUCCCCGUCCUGAAUCGCCUCCUCAAGCUCUUCGACGAUAACUGGGCGCCCAUCAAGGACAAGAGCUACAACAUCCUUGUUGACACCACUAGAUGGCAAAAGCAAUGA